AUGGAGUCAGUGUUGCAGGCUGAGCACCAGGCCGGGGGAGAGAGUGGGUCUCCCUGCCCAGGACGGUGCUCUCUGUGUGGGCAUCACGAUCAGACUCUCUCCCUCUUCUGCCUGGAUGACCUGGUGCCUGUGUGCGGUGUGUGUGGAGAAUCACACACACACGAUGGACACAGAGUCUAUCCUGUGGAGGAAGCAGUGCACGACUGCAAGGGGGAGCUGGAAAGAUCAGUGAAUAUGUUACAGAAGAGAGCCUGUAAAUGUGAGUUGAUCAAAAACACCUGUCAAUCAGCCUUCAAAUACAACCAGUGCCAGGCCCAGCAGACAGAGGCGCAGAUAAGGGAGGAGUUUGAGAAGCUUCAUCAGUUCCUCAGAGAGCAGGAGGAGUCCAGGAUCACUGCACUGAGGCAGGAAGAGGAGGAGAAGCAGAAGAAGACAGAGGAGCCGAGUGAGAAAGUAGAGGAAAUGAUGAAGCUUAUAUCAGACACGAUCGGAGCGAUAGAGGAAAUGAUGGAUGCAGAUGAUGUGGAUUUUCAGGAGAGAUAUGAGGGCACAAUCAAAAGAGUGUGGGAGUGUCAGAAAAAGCCAAGGAAGAUCUUUAGGACACUGAUAGAUGUUGCUAAACAUGUGGGAAACCUGAGAUUCAAAGUCUGGGAGAAGAUGCUGGAGACAGCUUCCUACUUUCCAGUAACUCUGGACCCGAACUCUGCCUCCACCUCCCUGACUGUAUCACGUGAUCUCAAUCAGGUCCAGUAUAAAGAAGGACAGCAGCUGUCCCUUCCCAGCAUCCCUGAGCGUUUCAACCCCUAUGCCUGUGUCUUGGGGUCAGAGGUCACCGCCUCUGGUCAACAGUCCUGGCCGUACUCCUGGGUCGUGGAGGUGGGCCAAAGCUCCAACUGGACUCUAGGUGUGGCCAAAGUGUCUGUCAAGCGAGGAGAGAUGUAUGAGGCGUGUCCAGAGGAGGGACUUUGGACCAUCAGCCUACGGGAUGGCGAGUAUCGCGCAAUGACUUCGCCGUGCGAGCGACUGGAGCUUAACGGGCACAGGCCUCGACGAAUCAGAGUGUGUGUGGACUGGAAGGGUGGGCGCGUGAGCUUCGUGGAUCCAGACUGCGACACCCACCUCUACACGUUCUCACACACUUUCAGUGAAGCACUGCUGCCGUACUUUGAGAGCAUCUGCCCGACGCAGCCUCUGGUGCUUCGACCCCAGAGUGUUUCAGUGGUCAUACAGAAACAUGAGCUACCUGAUGAGGAGGAGGAGGAGGAAGAUAACAAGAAGGUCACUGAGGAAACAUCUAGUCAUACAGCAUAGCUUACAUUUUAGUAUUCUUUAUUCUUUUAUUUCAAAAAAUGUUUUCGUUGAUUUUUAGAAGCAGCUACUAUGAUUAUAGUCAAGGUGUGCAGUGUUCAUGUGAUUGUAUCAUGCUGCCCAAUCGACCCUGGGUUUGAGAACCGUGCUAUGCGAAUGAAGCUUAAUGCUGAUAAUAGAUAUUAUAAUGAGUUUUAUAAACUAGUUAAAAAUGUUAAAAAUCAAAUAUUUUGGUAACACUUUACCGAAGGGCAGGGUCCAGGAACAGGACAGCUGUAAUCUCAAAAAAGAUGGUUCUUCAAGGGUUAUUUAGUAAAGAAAAUGGUUCCUUAGUAGAACCGUGAACACUCACCGAAGCCUUUUACAUGAUUAAAGGGUUCUUUCCAUUAGGGAGGUGUUCUUCACAUUGACAGAGAAUGUGCUAUAGAUGGUUCUAUAUAGAGUCCGUUUGAAAAGGGUUCUAUAAAUCACCCAAAAGUGUUCUACUGUUAAAAGCUUGACAUUGUAACUAUAGAAAAAGCUUUUAUUGGGGUGAUUUAUAGAACCUUUUUCAAAAUGGCUCUAUGUAGAACCAUCUAUAGCACAUUCUCCGUCAA